AUGCGAGCGUUUGUCUCGUCUAGAGGAAGCACAACAGCGGACGAUCGUCGUUCGAUCGUUUCGGGUAACUCCAGUAAUGCUUCCACUCUUGUACCUGAAAGCAUCACAUCAAUUAGAACAAAUUCCUCUCAGCUGAGAAAAUUCACUGCUGCUGUCGGAAAACCUGGUGUUGCUCGUGAAGCUAGAGAAGCUGUUCGAAACGCAAUUUCUACGCAGAACCCAACGAGAACAUCACCGAUAUCAGAACCAUUAGAUUAUGAGAAGUUUGUAUCUGAACGCACAAUUCAACUGGAGAAUGAUCCACAACGAGAAAUUUUGCUUUUUCCUCGUGAUGAUGUGCAGGAAACACUAGUAGAACCUGAUCAAUCUACUGUAAUAUCGCCUAUUUCGCCUGAGGAUGCUUCAAAUGCUAAAUGGCUACUCACGAAAGAAGCUGUUAAGUUGUACACUUCGCCUUAUAAAACAAUAACGUUUAAUUAUAAUAAGUUUGUAGGAGAUUAUAACAAAAUGAUAUUAGGAUCGUCUAUUGAAAAUGAAGUUUCUUUAUCAAGUUUGGUGUUCGAAUCUGAUAUGGCUUUGGAAGAAGAAAGAGCUGCAAUGGAAGGCUUUUAUCUCACAGAUGUUGUUAAGGAAGGAUAUGUUAUGAUUGUUAAAAACGAGUCAAGCCUGUUAGACAAUUUGAAGUCUAUAAAAAAAAGGUAUUGCGUUCUACGUAGGGAACCCGGAGGAGAUAUAGUGAUAGAGACAAGAAAAACUGCGAAUGAGUCCCCUAAACAAGCCGCUAUGAAAGUGAACUCUGCGCAGCUGAAAUCAAUGAAAAAGGGAAAAUCUGUUCUACAAAUCGAACCAUGUCCAGACGGAAAUGAGAAGAAUGAGCAGAAACCCCUUAUAAUUGCUAGCGAUGAUUCUGACGAGCUUUCUUCUUGGUUGUUACAUUUGAACCGUGCAAUCGCUUUGGCUAAUAAAGGUGACACUAUGUCUUCUUGCUCUGAGCAGCUUGACAAGUCUGGAAAGAGUUUGAACGAUUCUAAUAUAGAUACUGAAAGCAUAGGAAGUGAAGAUAGUGCUGGAUCUAAAGAGGUCAAUAUAUGGCGCGGCCGUAACUCAGCUGCGAGAGCUCUUCAACCUCCCAUAGUUGACCGAAGAAAUCUAUUUUCCGUUUAUUACCGACUUGGGCCGCUGAUGGAGCCUAAAGGCGAACAGUCCUGUUUGUUAUCUCGUGGUAGAGGAACUUCAACAGCCAAUCCUACGCUGAAAACAUCAAGGCGAAGGAGAUCAACCCUUACUAAUAUCGGAAAUGCUAUUCGUUUCAUGAUUGAGUUCAAAAAAUUAGAACUCAAGCUCCCAACAGGAAAUAAUGUGUUGCAACAGAUAGAGCCCUUUUUUGUUUCAAUGUUCUUAUUCGAUGCAAACUCUUCGCGACGAAUCUCUGAAGAGUUUCAUAUAGACUUCAGCGGGGAAGAUUCAGUUACUGCUUCGGACACUACGGAAAUAAAUGGAGUUUCAAAGUCUUUAUUGUGUAGCAAACUUGCCAAUCAGAUGCUGUGCACUGUAGCGAAACCUAAUAAAGACAUUUGGGUAGUUUGCAAAGUUGAUCGAAUGUUGUCUGCAGAUACUGUUGGGGAGCUCUAUAUGAAGUCUUCAGUGGAUCCGAAAGCGGUAAACAAGCUGCAAAAGGUGAUUCAUUCUUCAACUCUACGGUUAUCAGGAUAUAGGCAACGUUUCGCUUGGGGAGCAAGACCGGUGUUUCCCGAACUGAGAGGAGAAAACUCUUCAAAAGAUUUUAAUAGUAUCCAGCUUUAUAGAUGCGAAAACAAUAAGUUUGUAGAAACUGAUGUAUAUAAGCAUUUGAAUGAUUUCAUCAAAUUUGAAAAAGCAGGGAAACUUGCGAUACCGAAUGGUACUCUUACUUUGAAAAUUGAUCUUUCGUCUAACUUGAGUGAAAUACCAUUCCGUUUAAACCCUUCUUGGUUCCCAUUACGUCCUUGGACAAGUCCAAAAGAUAGUCCUGUACCCCCUAUGUUUGAGCUUCAAUCUUUUGGUGAUAUUGCUGCGGAUCCUCAUUGUGAACUUGUUAACCUUUUGUAUAUUUAUCCUCUGAGUCUAAAAUACGAUGCUCAAAAAAUCUUCUCUAAAGCCAGGAAUAUUGCAUGCACUGUCCGCUUCAUAGGUGGAGACACUCCUAAAGAAUCAGCGUGUUUAAUGGAUAGGCUAUCGAAUCGCGGGCCUUAUGUGUCUUCCAUGACAUGUGGUGUACAACAUCAUCAGCAAAAUCCGUCUUUUGGGGAUGAAUUGAAAUUACGUUUACCUCUACAUUUCACUCAGCAUGAUCAUCUCUUGUUCUCGUUCUUUCAUGUGUCUGUAGCGGGACAAACAUCGGCAAAAUCACCAGAGUCUACUGAAAUUCCUGUUGGUUAUUCCUGGCUCCCUCUUGUUUGGCGAAAAGAUAGGCUUGUGCUGGAAAACGAUGAACAAGAGUUUGCUCUACCUGUAGCUGUUGAUUUACCACCGAACUAUCUACGUAGCAAGCCUCUAGGGCUAGGAAAAGGAGAUGAGAUAGCUGAUGUUCGAUGGGUAGAUCAAAAGCCUCUUUUUCGUUUCCGAUUACGUAUGGUGUCUUCCGCCUUUACUACUGAAGUCAAGCUGCACUCCUUUUUUCAAGCUUGCCAAAGACUAGACAGCAAAAAGGUCUCUGGAGAUGCAGCUGAUUUAUCGCAGUCUCGUGUAUCUAAAUCUUCAUCUCCUUCUGGUGGUUCUGAUCCAGCUCGUUCAUGCUCUCCUCUCGCGCGUUCUUCAUCUGUUGAAGAUAAUGAUCCUUGCGUUUUUGAUUUAGUUAAACGAACUCAGGGGCUGUGUGAUGUUCCGAUCGAAAAGUUGUUGCCUUUUCUUCACAUAAUAUUAGCGAGACUAUUGUCUCUUUUGUCUAAAGCACCCACUGACCAGCUGGCAAUAAGUACCUUAAGCGCACUGGUAUCAAUAUGUGAUCGAACCUCAUCAGAUCGUAUAAAUUUACUGCGUAACUUUGUAAGAUUGCAUUUUUCGACAACUGAUGAAAAAGAAAAUGAGGAACCUACCCAUAUUGCUAUAUGUAAAUAUCUUCCGGAUUUGCUUCGGCAAGUCCAAGGAAACCUAGAUGAAUUGGCAGCUAUAUUCAGGCAGUUAUGGUUUUUCUUCGACGUCUGUAUAAAGAGCAUCGCUCAAGUUGUUGUUCAUAAGUCUCUUUAUAAGACAACGCGAAGAGACCGCUUUUCGUCAGAUUUGAUGGAACAAAUGACCUCGCUGUUCGAAGUUGUUAUUCCUCAUAUCAUUGUGAAACAUAAAGAGAUCCCAGAAGAAUGUCGAUCAGCGAACACAGCUGUGGCUUAUUUCAUGAGGUGCUCUUUGAGUUUCUUAGAUCGUGGGAUUGUGUUUAAAUGGUUUCAUUUCGCUGUGCAACGCUUAGAUGAUCACGAGUCGAAAAUCUUACGAGAGUACAAAAACGAUUUCCUCACCAUCCUCACUCAGCACGAACACUGGCUUCCAUUAUGUCUGCCUGUUCUCUUGGAUGGAAAAAAUCAAAUUCAGAGAAUGCAUUACCAGGGAAUACAAUCAGAAAAUACAUCUGUCACUAAUACAGCCAAUGGUACAGGAUUUCUUUCACGCUUUUUCCAUCAGGUAUUCCAAUCACCGUCAUUAGCUGAGGCGAGUGAGAGCGAUAGAUAUUCUUGUUGUGCUGAUGAAUGGUGGCUGAGCAAAAACUAUUCAUCCCGUCAUUUCCCUGUUGGAUUGCUUUUUCAGGAGCUUCAUGCUUGUUUACGCGAACCUCGCGAGCAUCGAAAAAAACCAAUAAUCAUUCUACGAAACUUACUUGCAAAGCAUACAUACGAUAAACGCUACUCUGAUAUGAAUAUCCAAAGACGAAUAGCAACCUUGUAUAUUCCGCUCUUGCGUUUUGCCAUAGACAACAUACAUGAACUGCAAGCUGCUAUCGCUGAAACUCCAGAACCUUCUACGACUGGUCUUCGAGCUACUAAUAAAUGGAGAUCACUAGACAGGAAAACGUUACAGAUGACUGAACCUUUCCGCACAGCAACAGGAGCUUUCAACUGUCCAACAACACCACUAGCUGAAAAGUUAGAUCAAGAGGAAGUUCAAGAUAUUCUUAUUUGUGUUCUUUGGGUGAUCUAUCGAUUACCAAAAAGAAUUCUCGGUGCUGUAUGGUCUGAUAAUGAGGCUGCCAGGGCUCAACAAAUUAUUGCAUUAUUGCGAAUAGCUCUAACAGUUUUCCAAUAUAGAGGGAAAGAGGAAGCCUUGGAAUCCACCUGCAGAGAUAUCCGUUGCACUUCAAAAACGAUUCAUUUGCUUCCUCCAUCCUCAUCUCGAUUGCCUAGUGUCGAUCUCAACGGAAGCUCUGUAUCAGAUCAAAUUCGAAUAGAAGAAGAAAAUUCAGCCCCACUUCCUUUCGGUGUGUUGCAGUUGUUGAAUUUAUGCCAAGAAUCAGCUCUCAUAGUCCUUGAUGCUGUUCAGAGUCUCUCACAGCAGUUAGCGUCUCGCAAAAAUAAGAGUUUUCCUCAUGAGGAAGAGUUGUUUUGUAAUCUUCUCUCGAUGCACUUGGCUCUCCUGGAGGACCAUUGGCCGGAGUCAGUACGAUUACAUGCAAUAGCUGCAAUUGCGCUUUUCGUUAACCAAUUUCGAUCUCGUUUGUUCGAAGGGAGUUCAUUGGAUGCGUUAUCCAGCUUGAUCGAACGAGUUCUGCUUCAAAUGGCAAGCCGGUUAUCAACUAUUCAGAGCGCUGCUGCAGCUCUUCUUCAGUUAAUUUUGAGGAAUGGUUAUGAAACAGCACAAGUUCAAAUAGCAAAUCAAGCAAUGGCUUUGAGUGUUCUUCCACAUUCUCAAGCUACCGAAGUUCGUCCCUUGACUGCUGCAGAACGUCUUGGACGUCCAGGCGCACAGACCGGUGUAGCAUUAGCUCGAUUACUUGGAGCCAAAACAAGUCUUUCCUCGAGUGGUCGUUUUGAAAAAGGAUUAACGGCCCUCGAAAGUUUAGUUAGCGUCGACUCAAGAAAGAUAACAGUAUUCGAAAAAGCCGUUUUUGAUCUAAUUAAACAACUGAGAGGUGUGAUGACUGCCACUGUUGCUUUGAAAGAUGCUUCUAACGACCAAAUUCGUUUGGCUGAUCUUCACAUUCAGUUAGCUGACAGUUAUAGAGGCUCAGCAGCCCUACGCAGUGCUUGGUUUGACACAUUAGCGGAAGCGCAUACCGCAGAUCGUUGGUUUUCUGAGGCUGCAGUCUGUCACGCGCAUUCUGUGGCUAUUAUGGCCAAAGAGCUAAUGGAUUCUGGUGAAAUUGAUUUUGACUGGAAUCUUUUCAAUUGGAUUAGUGUUGAAGUUGCAGAGACUGAGAAGUCUCGGGAGAAAGAGAGGAAUGUUCAAUCUGCAGGCUUCACUGUGGAGAAUCUUGCAUCGAAAAUCGAGAAAACAGCUCAAGCAUUAACUCUCGCAGAGCGUUAUGAAGCCAUCGGUCCGCUUUAUCGUGUUUUAGUUCCGAUUUUCGAAAAACGCAAUAACUUCAAUGCCUUGGUAAGCGUUUAUGCAGAGCUACAACAAAUAUAUAGUCGAGCUGCUGAAGUUAAAACAAGCGGCAAACGCCAUCUUGGUUCAUAUUUUAGGGUCCGUUUCUAUGGACAACGUCAGUUCGAAUCAGACCAUGAUACCGAAUGGAUUUAUCGUGAAGCUGGACUUACUUCUCUUGCGGAAGUAUCCUUACGUUUCAACGAGUACUGUAGAUUGGUUUUGGGUCUCGAAAAGGUUCAAGUUGAACCAGAGAACGAGCUUGAUAUGUCGAAAGUUGAUCCUGACAUAGCUUAUGUUCAAGUUACUCAUGUCGAGCCCCUUAUAACUGAGGGACUGAAAACGAAGGAUUUUUGGUCGCAUACUAAUAUUAACAAGUUCGUUUAUGAAUGUCCCAUUGUUGAAGGUGACAAAAAGGAGAAACAACCACAUAUAACCAAGCAGGCUUUGAAGCGAGUGUCCUUAGAAGUAGCUGGCUUCUUUCCCGCAAGCAGAAGGCGGUUACGUGUAAUCUCUAAGGGUGUGGAACGUUUUACACCUUUGAAUUUCGCAUGUCAGAAGCUACUCGUUAAAGCUGAUCAAAUUCGAUCUACGUUAGAUGGACCAGCCGAAGGUCGAGCUUUAGAUGUGAAAGGCCUUCAGCUUCUUUUGCAAGGAGCUGUCAUGCCCACGGUAAAUGCGGGACCUCUUGCAUAUGCGGAGGCUUUCACGCAACUAGAAGAAAAACAAAGAUACGGUGACACAGCGAUUAAUGAACUCAAAGAAGCAUUCAGAACACUGAUGUCAUCUUGUGAAUCAGCUCUGAAUGCUAAUCAGAAUGUUGUAGGAGCUGAUCAACAGACGUACCACGACGUUUUAGUGUCAUCUUUUGACGCUAUGCAUGAAAGGUUACAAAUCUUCUUCGGAGAAUCAUUGCGAAAAUCGGCAGGGGAAGAGAAGAAGAGUAACAUGCCAAAAACUGCAAUUCAUAUAUUAGAUUCUAUUGGUGGAGUUCACGCUUAA